GUUCAUGUCAGAAAAAUGAUUCAUGUAAAUCGACUUGUCUCCUUGUCUAAAUCUGUUCAAAUCGCACAACGGCUGCUCGCCUGUGAUGUGAGGCAUGCUGGGAAAGAAGUGCUAAAGUUACAUCUGCAGCAGUGGAGGUCCAUAAAAACUCAUUCGAGAAACCUCGCUUAUGCCAAAGAUUUGUUCCUUGGUCAGAUAAAUAAGGCAGAGGUCUUCCCUUAUCCAGAGAUUGGAAAUGAAGAACUGCAGGAGCUCAAGCAGCUUGUUGCACCGGUGGAAAAAUUCUUCAGUGAAGAAGUUGACUCAGCAAAGAUUGACAGAGAAGCCAAAAUCCCUCCAGAGACUUUGAAUGGGCUGAAGGAGCUUGGGCUGUUUGGAAUCAUGAUUCCUGAGGAGUAUGGCGGUCUCGGAUUGUCCAACACCAUGUAUGCGCGACUGGCAGAGAUCAUCUCAUUAGAUGGCUCUAUCGCAGUAACACUGGCAACACAUCAAGCUCUUGCACUGAAGGGGAUUCUGAUAGCGGGAAGUGAAGCCCAGAAGCAGAAGUAUCUGCCCAAACUGGCCUCUGGAGAACACAUAGCAGCUUUCUGUCUGACGGAGCCCGGAAGCGGGAGUGAUGCAGCCUCCAUUCAAACCCGUGCAACCCUGUCAGAAGAUGGGAAACAUUACCUGCUCAGCGGCUCCAAGAGUUUGAUUUCAAACGGAGACAUGGCAGAUAUUAUGACGGUGUUUGCCAGGACGGAGGUGACUGUAGACGGUGUGAAGAAAGAUAAAAUUUCAGCUUUUAUCGUUGAGAGAGCUUUUGGCGGUGUCACCAGCGGCAAACCUGAGGACAAACUGGGCAUCAGGGGCUCCAACACUUGUGAAGUGACCUUUGACAAUGUCCCUGUGCCGCUGGAGAAUGUAAUAGGAGAAGUAGGAGGUGGAUUCAAAAUUGCCAUGAAUAUCCUGAACUCAGGGAGGUUCAUUAUGGGCAGUUCUUUAGCUGGAAUGAUAAAAAAACUGAUAGAAAUGACCUCUGAGUACGCUGCCACCAGGAAGCAGUUUAACAAAAGCCUGAGUGAGUUUGGUCUGAUUCAGGAGAAGUUUGCAGUGAUGGCCCUGAAUGCGUUUGUAAUGGAGAGCAUGGCAUACCUGACAGCAGGGAUGAUGGACAGGCCAGGACUUCCAGACUGUUCUGUAGAGGCCGCCAUGGUCAAGGUGUUCAGCUCAGAGGGAGGUUGGAUUUGUGUCAGUGAAGCACUGCAGGUCCUCGGAGGUCUGGGUUAUACAAAGAAUUACCCCUACGAGCGCUAUGUCAGGGACUGCCGCAUCCUGUCUAUCUUUGAGGGAACCAAUGAAAUCCUGAGGAUGUACAUUGCUCUCACUGGAAUGCAGCACGCUGGCAAAAUCCUCACAGGGAAAAUAAAGUAAGAAUAUGAAGGUUGGACAGUAUAAAGCUGGAAAACAUAUAAUACUGACACAGUGACAGUACUGGGCACAGGUUUCUGUUUCUUCACGUAAUCCCAGAUCUACUCCAUGAUGUAGAGGUCAGGACUCAGGUGCAAAUGCUUUGUUCUCCUUGUCUCUGGAGAUAGUUCUUUAUCACUCUGGCUUGAUAUUCAUGGUCGCUGUUACGAGAAUCUAAACACCUAAGGUGCCAAGAACCUUUGCAUGUUGCUGUAUGACAAGUACAGACUGAGUUUGGUUCAAGUAUGAUAUUUUAACACUGCAUUAAUCUUGGAGGCAAACCUCCAAAACAAUCUGAAAUAUAUAUCCAGAAGAGUGCAGUGCUAGGAACAGCUAAGAUA